UAACCUCAUCUUGAACUUUCAUGUUUUCAAGUUGGACGCUAAAAGAUAUAACCUAUGUACGGUCAACACGAUGUAUAAUACCAAGUUUGAGUCUUCACGGUUGGUUGACGGAGUUUAAGAAAACCCCCAUGAGACGUCUUAACACCGGAGCGCCAUUCGUACCUGUACGACUAGAUGAAAAAGUAACCCAGCCUUGACCCCAAAACUAUGUUACCAGACAUCCAGAAAAAGGCUUCAUUCGGUGAGGAAAAGCUGCCAUUUCAUUUCAACGGAGUAAGGCGCACAAUGGCCCCCCUUCGUCGCACCACCAACAGUUUGAACGUAGUAGUUCUGUUCGCAAAACAAAUCACUAUCUCGAAACCAGGGCAUCUUACCCUAUGAAAAAAAAUAUUUCUUCUGCGUAUAAGGCUGGACGGAUGCACAUCAUCUCUUCAAGUUCCACUUGUUUAGAGGUGGCGGAUACGGCCCAUGGAUGCUGCAGCGCGGGAUUGUGUGCCGUGGCUGGAUCAUGGUGUAAGGCUUUUUUUAAAGGAGAAAGGGAAGUUAUCACUGGCCGAGGCGGCCAACGAUCUCAGGUUCUUAGUGCCGCUAUUCAAGGCUUACACCUUGGCGUCAAUUGGACAAAUGCUCAUGGCUAGGUAGGACUUCAGACAAUCUGUAUCAGUGUACAGAGGUUUUCAGCAGAUUAUUUCCUGGCCGUGUUCACUUGUUGUGGCCGAAGGAGGAGAUUUGGCGGUGACUGAACAAGACUUGAUAGUGGAC